AUGCAUAUUUCUUUCCCUCUAAGUUCAUCAUCGUAUUUCCAGCUUUACGCAUUAACAUAUUUUUCUUUCGUCCGUUUAGACCUCCAUAGCCACGUGGUGUCCCAUAUGCGAUAAACGUGUGAGCGAUAAAGGAAAAGACACCGAUCGACUUUUAGGGCACGUUCGAAGGAAUCAUCGAAAAAUCUCUGCUCUGGGAUUGGAUAAUCACGAAAACGGUGAACAAAUUUUGGAAAGACAACAAUCGAACGGCACGGCACAAGCAAAGCUUUCUAAUACCAAGGAAAAAGAUAGAAAGAGAAUCUACACGACCCGUGUGGACACAUGGAAGUCGCACGACGAGAAAAAGAUCUGUCCUCAAUGCAGAAAGGAACUUGUACCAGCAUUGCACACACGCAGACACAACUUGACAACGUCUCAUAUGGCAGCGACUUGUCUCCUGGGAAAGCGCACUUUUAUAUACCUCAGAAAGUAGAACGCGAUCGGUCUGAAAACGAAGCCAAGCAGCGCUCGUGGAUCUCCGGAACGAAGUUAUCCAGAAAGAUUUGGCCUUUUGGAAAUAGUAAACGAAAAAGGAGUGUUUUUUCGACCAGAGUGGAAACUUGGAAGUAUCACGACAAGAGCUUAUUAUGUCCGGUGUGUAACGAGGAUGCUCUACCUAUAGUUUUCACAAAGAGACACAUGUUUUCGAGCUCGAGACUUGGUGCUACUUGCUUGUUAGGAUGUUGGCCAUUGUGUUUCGUACCUCUGAUGUUGAGUCGAGAGAGACAAGUGAGGCUGGUGUGUCCGUUCUGCGGACAUAAUUACGGAAAUUACGCACAGGCGGAAAAUAAAAGCGAUGACCCGUGGCAUCCUCGUCGUGGACAGCGACGAUUAGUCGAAAUUACGAGCUCGAAGUUGGACCCUCCCAGUGAACGCGAACAUGAACUUAACCCAAACUCGGAAUUGGCUGUACUAGCUUAUCAAGGAUUAUGGGAGGUGCGGGAUGCUUCUGAACAAACAGAGAACGCCAACGAGAGAGAAGGUAAAGAAGAAGAAGAAGAAGAAGAAGAAAGAAGAGGAGGAGGAGGGGGAGUCGAAAGAGGAGGUGCAAGUGUUUCAGAAGUUUUACAGUAUCCUAACGGAGAGACAAUGUUUCAACCUUCGGAAGGUUGCACCCUUUGUUCGAGGCAGGUCACGGGAGAUCGUUUCUACGAGACACAUCUCGACGAGUUUGACCUGGAUUACGAUUCCGAUUGGUCCAUGCGUAAUCGUUAUCGCGUUAAACGAAAUACACGUCCGUACGAUACGUUCUUUGACGAUUAAAUAAAACCAAUAGCUUUAAA